AUGGUGGCCGCCAUCGCCGCCCCAGCCUGCGCCACCACCGCCGUUACCACUCCGGCGGCGAGGUUCUGGGAGGAGAACCUCCCGGGCACGCCAAUGCCGCCGACCAUCGCGGAACUCGUCCAGAAAGGCACCGACCACUCGCCGCUCAAGCAGCCGUCGUCCUCCCCACAAGUGUACCAGCCCGACGCGUGCCUCGGCUACAGCUACCGGAUCACCUGCAGCCCGAGCGCGGCCGUAGCGGCGACGGGCGUCUUCUUCCGCCAGGAGAACGUGGCCCUCGGCAGCGUCAUGACGGUGCACUUCCCGCCCGUCGACCUGCCGGCCAUCCUCCCGCGGGCCGACGCCGAGAAGGCCCCCUUCGCCAACGUCAGCGACGUGCUGGCCACGUUCUCCAUCGCGUCGGGCUCCUCCAGGGAGUCAAAUGUGCGCACAACCAUAAGCGCGUGCCAGGCGCCGCCGCUCGCCGGCGAGCGCAAGACCUGCGCCACGUCCCUGGAAGGCGCCGUGCGCGCCGCCGCGCGCAUGCUAGGUACGAGCGCGGCGAGGCUGUCGGUGGCCGCGUCCGCGCUGACACCGCGCGAGGGCCUGCCGCGGCAGGAGUACGAGGUCGUUACGGUGGCUCCGCUCGGCGGUGGCCGCCAUGUGACUUGUCACGAUGACCCGUUCCCGUACGCCGUCUACAGGUGCCACAUGGAGAAGGAGGCGUCCACUGAGGCGUACGUGCUCACGCUCCGAGGUCUCCAGUAUGGCAGCGGGGCCCCGGUGGUGGUCGACAUGGUGGCCGUCUGCCACCUCGACACCUCCAACUGGAGCUCGGCUCACCCGGCGUUCGAGACGCUGAACCUCCGGCCCGGCGGCGCGCCGGUGUGCCACUUCAUGCCGUACGCGGAUCUGUUGUUCACUGAGAAGGCGGCCAACGCCUAA